CAUUCUGAUCGGAAAAGGCGGCGGGCACCUUGUUUCGGCGCACUCUUAAAUAAUCCAACAAAUAUUUUGUUAAAAUUUCUCAGGAAUAAUGAAUAGCAUUGGCAAAGACUGUGACGAGCUGAAGAAGCAGUACGAUGCCUGCUUCAACAGCUGGUUCUCGGAGCAGUUCCUCAAGGGCCGGACGGAUGACUCGGCAUGCGCGCCAAUCUUCCGGGUUUAUCAGGAGUGCGUCAAGCGCGCCAUGCUGGAGCAGAAGAUAGACCUCAGCAAGAUCGGAGCGGAGUACAGCACGCGGUCCGAGUACGAAAGCGCUGGCAGCAGUGCUGCCGGUGGCAAGCAGCCGGGCAGCAAGAGUUGACCCCUAACCCCGGUCGGAGAUACUACUAAUGUCCAGGAACCGGGCCCUGCCAGCGGCCACGACGAGCCCCGGCACAAGCGAGGGGGAACGGUCUAAGAAAGACCACAUACCCGUACCAGAAGAUGCUUUUGUUACGUUAUAUGAUUCCUAAUCAAUAUCCCUAGACCUUAUGUAAAUUUCGUAGUGAAUGUGCGGUAGUUAUCCAUUAAGUUCAAGCUCGCACUCUGUGCAUAAAUGCAAUAAAAUUUGUUGUAUAUUUAAAUAUUUAAA